AUUCUAGUUAACAAUGUUGGUAUGCUUACCCAACACGUCCUCCAGAAGGUACUGAAUGUGGAGAACGCAGGCAAGACAUUCUCAGACUUGAUGAACUGCAACAUGCUGUCAAUGGUCCAGAUGACCCGGAUCAUCCUGCCACAGAUGGCCGCCAGGGGCCGGGGAGUGAUCAUUAACAUAUCCUCCGAGGCGGGCAAACAACCUGUUCCAUUCUUUGCUUUAUACUCGGCCACCAAGGCCUUCAUGAAUAGCUUCUCUCAGGCUAUAGCCGUGGAAUACCAGUCCUCCGGAGUCAUUGUGCAGACCGUCACCCCUCUGAUCGUUUCCAGCAACAUGAGCCAGAUGCCCCCCAUCAAAUUCUUGGUGAAGUCUUCAGAUGACUUUGUCAGAGAAGCCUUGGACACCGUGGGAGUCUCUAACUUCACCACUGUGUUUCCUACACUGUGUCCAAAGCUUGCUGUUGAGUCCACUGUUGUCCAAAAUCAAGUGCACCUCCCAGAUUAUGGCAUUCUUCUCACCUUUCGAACAAUUUAGAAGAAGCUGAAGCUGUGGGAAGCUGUCAGGUGGAAUCGGAGGCCCUUUGUUGGAGGAGGGAAAUGUGACUAGUGCUUCUGGGAAGAGGAGACAAACAGAGGGGUCUCCUCUCAUUGGCUCAUCCCUUUGCUCUGCUUCCUAGAGUCCCUUCUAAGAGCAGCCUCAGCUCAAGAAGCAACUGUUGUAAUUUGCCAUAAUAAAUGACUUUCUCUCCAUCUUA